UGACGGAACUCGAAGGGCAGCAUGGAGACUUCAGCGCCAACAGCCACUGAGAAGAAGGAGUGUAAGGGUUCAGGUCUGGACGCGAGCAGCUUCUCAGAGAUCCCAAAGAAGCCCUCGCCCACCAUUCUGACCAGAGGUCCACACCACCUCUUCCCCACGUUUCACACGCCCAUCCCCAUCGACAUGAGACACCACGAAGGGCGAUACCAUUACGAGCCACACCCACUCCACGCCAUGCAUGGACAUCCUGGACUGACGGGCAGUCCAGUCAUCUCAGACAUUUCCCUGAUCCGUCUAUCUCCCCAUGCGGUGCCCGGGACGGGUGAGUCACCGUUCAGCCCUCCACAUCCUUACGUCAGCCCCCACAUGGAGCACUACCUACGCUCGGUACACGGCAGCCCCACCCUUUCUAUGAUCUCAGCGGCCAGAGGACUGAGCCCUGCUGAAGUGACUCACGAACACCUGAAAGAACGCGCCCUUUUUAGUCUCCCUCCUCCACCACCAGGGGCCAACCCAACAGAGUACUACCACCUGAUGGCCAGUGCCAGCCAGCGAAGCCCCUACGGGGACCUGCUGAUGCAGAGCAGUGCAGCGGCGGCAGCAGCAGCUCAUCUCCCAGAAUACAUCAGCCCCGUGGAUGUUUCCCGUUUCUCCAGCCCCCGGCUGACUCCCCGACUGAGCAGGAAGAGGGCUCUGUCUAUCUCCCCGCUGUCAGACGCCAGCAUUGACCUGCAGACCAUGAUCCGCACCUCACCCAACUCCCUGGUGGCCUACAUCAACAACUCCCGCUCCAGCUCGGCCGCCAGCAGCUCGUAUGGGCACCUUUCAGUCGGAGGGAUCAGUCCCUCGUUCAGCUUCCCUCAUCCCAUCAACCCUGUGGCGUACCAGCACCUGUUGUCCCAGCAGAGGAGUCUCAACGCCUUCGGCCACACUCCUCCUCUCAUUCAACCGUCAGCGUCCUCUUUCUCUUCCCGCCAACACCCCCUCACUGCUUCACCUAUGACCACCUCCCACAACAGCUCCAACUCUGAAGCAAACCAGAAUGCCAGUGGAGACCCAGCAGUAAGUAGCACAGUCAACCCAUUGACCACCAAGAGGUCAAAGGUUAAGACGGAGGCAGAGGGUCCGCUGCCCAUCUCACCAUCCUCUCAGGACCACUGUGGGGGGAUCUUGGACCUGAGUGAGGACCUGGAUAAAGACGAGUGCAAACAGGAGCCCGAGGCUAUAUACGAGACCAACUGCCACUGGGAGGGCUGUACCAAGGAGUAUGACACCCAGGACCAGCUUGUUCAUCACAUCAACAACGACCACAUCCACGGUGAGAAGAAAGAGUUUGUGUGCCGCUGGGAGGAGUGUUCACGAGAGCAGAAGCCCUUCAAGGCCCAGUACAUGCUGGUGGUCCACAUGAGGCGUCACACGGGGGAGAAGCCGCAUAAAUGCAGCUUUGAGGGCUGUGCAAAGGCCUACUCCCGCUUGGAGAACCUCAAGACCCACCUCAGGUCUCACACCGGGGAGAAGCCGUAUGUGUGUGAACACGAGGGCUGCAACAAGGCCUUCUCCAACGCCUCAGAUCGGGCCAAGCACCAGAACCGCACACACUCCAAUGAGAAACCAUAUGUGUGUAAGAUUGCGGGCUGUACCAAGCGCUACACAGACCCCAGCUCUCUCAGGAAGCACGUUAAGACAGUCCACGGACCCGACGCCCACGUCACCAAGAAACAGCGAAGCGACGCACCACCGAGACCGCAGCCGCCCAAAGGAAACGGCGAGAACGAGGCAAAUUCCAAGAUUGGUGCAAGAGGCGCGGACGGCAGGAUUGAGGCCAACAGCACCUCUCGAGGAGUGGAAGACUGCCUCCAAGUCAAAUCUAUCAAGACCGAGAACUCUAUGACAUAUCAGUCCAGUCCUGGUGGCCACUCGUCGUGUAGCAGUGAGCCGUCGCCUCUUAGCAGCGCCAACAACAACGACAGUGGAGUAGAGAUGGCCCUGCACAGCGGGGGCAGCUUCGGGGACCUCAGCACUCAGGACGACUGCCCCAUGGUUGACUCCACUGUUACCGCCGGGGGGCAGCAGGCUGGGGUGGGGCUACAGUUGAGGAAAGCUGUGGGUCAUGGCGGCGCGGUCACCAUCAAGCUGGAGAACAUCAAAAAGGAAAGGCUGAAGACAGUGAGGGACUCCUGCCCCUGGGUCAACUCGGCACCACAGCCACUGCAGGGUCAACGAAACAGCAUGAAGCUGCCUCCCAUACCUGCAGUCGGUUCCCUGCUGGAGAACUCCAACGUGAUCAGCAACCUAAGCGGUCCGUACCCUGGCCAACGCAUGGGGGACCUGUCCUCAUGUGAGAUAACACUGCUGAACCAGCUGAAUGAGCGUCGUGAUAGCACCACCAGCACCAUGAGCUCAGCUUACACCAUGAGUCGCCGCUCCUCUGGUAUUUCACCGUGCUACUCCAGCCGCCGCUCCAGUGAGGCGUCCCAGUUUGGUGCUAACCGCCACAACAAUAUCAGUUCGGCUGACUCCUAUGACCCAAUCUCCACCGAUCUGUCUCGCCGCUCCAGCGAGGCCAGCCACUGUGGAGGUGGUGGUGUCAGUGGAGGAGGCGGAGGAGGUCUCCCCAGCAUCCUUAGUCUGACACCAGCUCAGCAUUAUCGACUUAAGGCAAAGUAUGCUGCUGCCAUUGGUGGAGCUCCACCUACUCCUCUCCCCAAUAUGGAUCGAAUGAGCCUGAGGACACGCAUGGCACUCUACAGUGACUCCCAGGAAGGCAUGUCGCACCCAUUCCAUCAGCCACACCCUGGAACUGUGCCUCGGCGAUGCAGUGAUGUAGGAUAUGGCACACGGAGCAUGAUGCCCCAUGAGGUACCCAGCAGCCUUCCACGUCGUGCCAGUGAUCCAGUGCGUCGUCCGACUCUGGACCCUCUGUCUUUUCCUAGGGUUCAGCGCUAUCACAGCACGAACAGCAUGAACCCCAUGAAUGGUCCAUCAGCUGAACGCCACCAGGCUCUGGCCAUGCAGGGCUACACUCGCUCCGAUGGCAGCCUGCAACGCUACCCAUUUGCCCCCAGACCACCCAGCAUUUCUGAGAAUGUAGCCAUGGAAAACAUGGCAGUGGAUGGCAUGAUGAUCGGGGGGGAGCAGGGUGGAGAGGAGGACAUGGUGCUUCCAGAUGAUGUGGUGCAGUACCUUAGGUCCCAGAAUUCUGGCCCUUCAGGUCACAACUUGGGGCAAGUGGACUACCAUUCCAACAAUCAGACUAAGGGCUAUCAAACAAGCAUGGCCCCACCGGCAUCAUUUUAUGCUCAGAGGAGGAUGGCCAUGGCAGAUGCCACCAUGUCUGGUCAGGACAUGCAAUCUUGCCAGAUGGGACCCGGUGGCUCCCAUCCGUCCUUCUCAGCACCACCCAGCAAUAUUAACAAGAACAACAUGCCGGUGCAAUGGAACGAGGUGAGCUCAGGUACUGUGGAUACCACUAACAAGCUCUCCAAACAACAACAGCAUCCUCUGAGAGGGAACCUAGCUGUUGUUCAGCAGAGGCAUAAUUUUGGUUCCUUCCAGGGACAAGGUCAGGGCCUGGGCAGCAAUCAGCAGGUAGUGCCUAUGAGUCAGAAUAUGUCUAUGCAGGGGUAUGACAACCACAUCAACCAGAGGCCGAUUAACAUCUCCCACCAGCAGCCUCAGCAACAGAGGCAAUGCACCACUGCAAACUUUAGUGAGCAAAUGAGUCCUCAGCAAGGGUUUGGCCAAGAGGCAAUCCCAAAUUCUAUAUCUGGGAGCACGAGCGUGAGACCUACCCGGAGUAAUAUGGCAGUUCCAGAACUGCAAAGUUGCAGAGCAAGGACACAGGAUGAAGGGUAUUCUCAUGAUCAGCAGCAACAUUUCAGUGUUGUCUCUCAGCAACACAGUAUCCACAAUGGAGGCAGAGGAAUGUUACAACCCAGGCCUCCCAUAGAACCCAAGUCUUUUGCCAGACAACAGACUGGUUCUAGCAUGAUGCAACCAAGCCGGAUACCCAAGUCAUCUGAUUUGAACCCUAGUUGUGGUACUGACACCUCAGAGGCGAGCCCAAAGAGGCCAAGUGGCUCAGCAGCUCACAACAGCAACUCUGCAAAUCCAAACUCUGCUGUGCUCUACACGGGUCAGAUUCAUAUUUUUGAGCCAACUUCAGCCAGCUCUGAUGCCCCCAUGUCCCCCAGUGCUAGUCAGGCUCCUGCCAGCGACACCACUGCUGCAGCCAACAUGGCCUCCCCAGGAGUCAACCACGUCUCCAGCAGUACUGUGGAUUCUUCCACUAGCAGAUCCGGUGGCACGGAGCAUGCCCAGAUUGAUUUUGACACCAUGCUAGAUGAUGGGGACCACUCCAGCCUAAUGUCAGGCACCCUGAGUCCCGGCCUCCUGCAGAGCCUCUCUCAGAGUUCCUCACGUCUCACAACCCCCCGCAACUCUGUCACCCUCCCGUCUGUACCGGCAGGGAUUGGCAACAUGGCCAUCGGUGACAUGAACUCUAUGCUCACAGCCUUGGCUGAAGAAAGCAAGUUCCUCAACAUGAUAAGCUGAGAGCAAUUAAACACCUCAUCAUCCAUCCAGUUUUAACUCUUUCUACAUCAGGAAUAUAUGGACUACACAAAGCACUGAUUGAAUAAUGCAAUACUGGCUAUUUCAUGAUUUUUUUUUCAUUGUCCACAGUAAUAUGCUUGUCUGUAAUAUUUGCUUCAGAAUAUAAUAUGUUACUUUGACAAAAUGAUAGUAAGUAUAGCUAGGCUUUAGGACAAUUUCUAUCAUGUGUUAAAAAGCCAUACAUUUUACCUACAAAUAUAUGGGUAUAUAAAUGCAUUUACAAACGAUUGCCAUUCAGUAUUUGCUGGUGUAAUAGCCUUUUACAAAGUGGUGCACUGGAAGCAGUUCACAUUAACAUCUGAGUACGAUAUGAAAACAGAGUUACCGGGAAAUGGACAUGUAGAUAACAGAUCAUAUGUUCUCAUGAAGACUUGUAUGUGUAUAGAUUAUACUGUAUGGUAUUUGCUUUAAAUUAUGCUAUAGACUUUUGAUGUUUAAACUAGGGCUGUCAAAGGUAAAGUAACAUAUGGACUCCUACUAUAUAUUCACAAUGAAAUAUUAAUGAUUUUUUAACUAGAUUUUUCUUUUCUUUGUGCCAACCCCGUGGAUUGCAAAAUAAUAUUUUCACAAUAUUGAACUAUAGUUUGUUACGUUAUGUGAGAUAAGUGAAGACUUUACAACAGUGUAAAAAAAACACAAAAUGUUGUGAAAAUGAAUGAGAAAGCUUCAUUUUGUUUGUGACGAGGUUUAUAACUAUCACAUGGCUCAGAAGGACAAACAUAGCAAUUCAUGUCAUUUUUAUGCAGGUAAAUUAUGACAAACUGACAGUUUAUUACGCUGUUCACUUCACCACCAUACAUGCAGGGACUUAAUGCACUGAGGUUAAUGAACUGUCAGCACCAUAAAGAAAAUAUGCAUGUAGAAGUUGAUACAUAAAAACAUGUAUGUAUGCACUUAAUACAACCUUGCAGAAGAACAAAUAAACAAAUAAGUGCCAUAACAGUGGCCUGUCUUUGUAUUGCAGAGUUUCCAUUACACAUAGAUUUAGGAAUAAAGGUGGCGUGCGAUUCUGAGCACAUUUUGCUUUCAUUUCAUGAAAUUCAAUACGUAAUGUAUACCCUUCAACUAAGAAGUUAGAACUGAGUCACAGAAAUAAGCAUUUGACAGCCUUAGUUUGAACACGUGGUUGUACAACAUUAUGGUCCACAGAUAUUAAGUGCAUUUUGAUCAUGGUUUGAGCUCUCGGGGAUGGCACUGUAAAAUGUGAUUUCUUCUUUGCCCUCUGGAUCAGAGGCAUCAACUCCCUACGGCCCAUCUCACGAGGGUACAUGAUUGAACAGGACAAGGAUACGUCUCUGUGUUAGUCUAUCAGGGCCUAUGAACCCCUGUGUCUGAAUAGUGUUCUCUAAAAGAAUAUACAAGUACCUCUGUGUGUUCUCAGUAGUGAUCCAAUCCUAAUUAACACAUUCAUACCACCCCCUUGGCUGCACCACAUACUUCCCAUGGGCUCUGGAUGAACUGCAGAGUCCAGGAAGGGACACGGACUUUGAUAAAGAAAUCCUGUUUCGGACUGGAUUGGCAAACCUGGCCUGUAAAUCCCUCAGUUGUAUUAUGUUAUGCUGAAUUUCUAUGUAGCCUUUAAAAUGUUUAUGUGUAUGCUACCAUUCACUAGUACUAUGCUCUGUGUGUGCGCGUUUGUGUGAGUGUGUGUGU